AUGGCUGUAAGUAGUGCAAUGUUUCUCUUUGAAGUUGUGGUGGAAAGCGUUAAGAGCUUUGUUGUAAGCCGCCAUUUAAUUAUUAAAAGCGAUUUUGCAGAUAUAUUCUCGUUAGAACUAAAAGAUCCAAAACAAAUGCAUAUAGUAAUACCAGAACCACCUCCAUUACCACCAGAACCAGCAGGUAAAAAGGGCAAAAAGAAGGCACCAAAGAAGAAACCAAAAAAAGGGAAAAAGGGAAAAGUAGAGGAACCUCCCCCUGAGCCAGUCAUUCAAUCAGGGCAGUCCGUUUUAUUUACAAGUACAGCAGAAUUCUUGAUUCAAAAUAUGAAGAAGUACCCUCUAGAAUUGUCAUUGUGGAGUAAAGAAGAUAAUCUUACGUAUAUCGGCUCAAAUCAAAUUCCUUGGGAUCCUAUAUUUUAUAGUUAUUUAGAAAGAAUAUGUAAUUGUGAAGAACCUCAACCAGUUACGUUAAAAGAAGAGUAUAAUAUAUUUGAAGAAGGCAAAGCAAAGUUAAUGGCAAAAAUAGGAAUUCAAGUAAAACUGACAUAUUUGACUGACCGAGUUACAACGGCCUUUCGAACACUUUCAGAGGAUCCAUCUGUAAAAAAAGUUUUGUAUACAGGGAUAAAUUCGAAAACUACGUCAUAUAUUUGUACGAUGAAAACGACUGAUGAAGUUUUCGAAGAAAAUUGUAACAAGAUUGAGAAUAAUUUUGUAAAAGAUAAACCUAAGCCUAAUAAAAUAGCUUAUGCUGAUUACAAGAAUGCUCCUGGAGCUAACCUAACGUUCUUCAACGAAGGUGAAUAUUGUUGUAUGAAUAAUGCAGAUAAACCACCAGAGUCAAUUUAUAAAGCUCCCCAGACUUGUCCUGAUAUAGAUUUUAUAAUCGAUUAUGUUAGGAAAAUAAUAGUCUCUUGUAAUGACAAUAUGAGAAUGUUAACACCCCGUUCCACUAUACGUCCAAGAAUUAAGGCCACUGACAUUGAUAGGCUGUGUUAUUGUGAAGAGACAAAAUGGCCAGAAGGAUCAUUUGCGGAAAGAUUUAAGAGAGAGGCUCAGUCAGAACCUUGUCCAAUCUGCAUAAAUGCUGGAAAAAAAAGAGACGUAUCUCGGGCGGAAACUUUUGAUAUAGCUAAUAUAAGAGGACCCUGUGGCCGAGCUGACUGUAGGAUUGCUAGAGAUAUGAGAGCUUAUAUCGAAAACCUCAUAGAUGAAGACAAUAAGGAAGUUGAUAUAACCAACAUAAUUGGUCCUUGUGGAAGCAAAGAAUGUAGAAUAGCUGAAAAAAUUCAAGAAUUUCUUCGCCACGAAGGUGUUUUUAAUAAAGGUUCUACUUUAGAAGGCUUAUCUACUCAAUGCGCUUGUGUUAAGCAAAUGCAAGACGCGCUUGUGAAGAGUAAAUCUUGUGAUUCUUUAUGUGAUAAAAAUUGUGCAAAUAGUGAUAGUGAUGAAAGCAAAUGUCAAGGAAAUGCGUGUCCUCAUACCAAAUCACCUGAGAAAGAGACAGUAUACAAUGUUUAUUAUUUUACAGUUGAACAUGAUUUUGAUAAAGAUAAUACAGGAACGUCAUCACCCAGUGGCACGGAUAAAUCAUCAAAAUAUCGGUAUUGUUCUACGGAAUGUCCAAGCGUUAAACCUUCGGAGAAAACUUUUUGUUCUAAAACCACUUGUUCUAACUUAACAAACAAAACAUCUAAAGAAGACGACAAUCAAGAUUUAAGCUGUAAGGAGCCUGUUUGUCCUGCAACAGAUCGAAAUCGUCUUAGUCCAGCAGAUAGUAACAUAGUAAUACAUUUCGAUAAAAUUAAUAAUCCCUGUUGUGUGAAAUCUUGCGAUGUUGCUGAAAAAGUAAAGGAUUUCAUCGUCGAAGGACUUAGUAGUCAAAAGAAUAAAACAGCUCAAGAUGAUGAUCCAUGCUAUUGUGAUUGUGUUUGUACUUUUAAAUUUUCUAAGAAAACAACCUACUGUGCAGUUUGUGGUGGCUACGAAUGUUUAGGAGAAGAUGUAAAAGAAAUGCCCGAGUAUGCAAAACCACAUCCGUGUCCAGUAUACAACAAGCUGUACGAUAAAAAAUAUAUUCAAGUCCAAAGUCCGUGGCCAGAAGAAGAAGAUAUCAAAAAACCACCAGACACAGUAAGCAAUAAAAGUUCAAGAACAACUGGCUCGAAACUUGGACAUGGUGACAGGAGACUGACAGUAUCGCGUUCAAUGAAAAGUUUUUCAGAUAAGAAAGUUAAUAAAAAAGAAAAAGUUGAAAAGGAACAAGUGAAAAAGCCACAAGCAGAAAAGAAGAAGGUCGGUAAAUUUACAGCGAACGUUGAUGAAGCUUCACCUCUAGUAGUUGAAAGGAAACCGGAGCCGAAAUAUCCAUACCCACCAGUACCGAAAAAUAUGGGUUGGAAUUGGAACGCAGAAGAUAUUCCUGGAAUGAAGCCUAGACCAAAAUGGAAGCCAGGUGCCGCCAAUAAAAUUUUGGUUAGAAGAUACAGAGCUAUUAGAGAAGGUAUCGAUAUAAUAGCAAAGAAGAAAAGAGCAAUGAUGCAACGAAAGAAGAAAAUCGAAAUGAAACCAACGUUAGUUGUAAAAAAACAAAACGGUGAAUAUUUAGUUCAAAUGGAAGUUUUUAAGAAGUAUUCAAACGAAAGACUACUAUUUCAAUACCCGUAUGAUGAGAAACCACCACUCAUUUACACAAUAGGCAAAACUGAAGAAGAGAAACGUAAAAUUCAAAAACAACGCGAAAGAAGAGAACGAAGAGAAGCGAGAAGAAAAAGCCGGUUAUUGCAAUCAACUUUUAGAGAUAGAUGUCAAGAAAUUUGUCUUAAAGCUUAUAAUCAAGCUAUUGGCUUAUUACCUUUGCCUAAUCCUAAUGAUCCAGAUUGCCCCUGUCAUACUGAAGCUGUUCAAAAUUUAAGUCCACCCAUUGAUUCAUGUUCGUGUUCAGAUGAAGGAACUAUCUCUAGCAGUGACACGGAUAAUGAUGAAUGGACAAUUGAGUUCACUCCACCUGCAGCCAAGUGGGAUAUUAAGGCUAAACAUCCGCCAGUUUUAGCAGAAAACGAAAGUCAAUAUAACUAUUUAGAUUACAAAGUAAAGUUACUAGAUAAACAGGGAAAUCCUGUUCCAAGAUUCUUUAAGGGACCUGAUGGUAAACAAGAAUGUAGUGAUUUAGGAGGAUUUUGGAGUCCUGAUCGUUAUUGGAUGGAAAUAAAUAAGGAUGGUUAUAUAGGACCUGAUAAUCGGUGGGUACCAAUGAACUUUAUUGGUCCCGAUGGUAUGUUUUACUCAGCUGAAGAAGGAUUUUUUACAGAUAACACUGGCCAAAUUUUAAAAAUAGGUAUAGAUGGAUACAUAGACAAAGAAGGAAAAUGGGCUUGGUACUCAAAGAAAAGGGGUAAAAGUCCAAAAUCAAAGUCAACUUUAACUGCUACGACAGUAGGUACUAAGACAGGAAGAACUCUAACAAAGGUUGAAACUCUAUUAAAGAACAGAAUAGAAAAUAAACCUAAAUCAGUUACUACCGCAGGUAAAGCGAAAGAGGAUAAACAUCCACAAUCUGCUCUAGUUAAAACGGGAUCUGAUAAAGGGAAAGUAAAAAAAGCGGUUUCAUAUUCGUCUAGCAGGGCUAAAAACCCUUUAGUUAUGAGCGUGUCAAUGAAUUAUGAAAGAAAUAAUUUUUUACAGUCUUCGUGGACUAAAAAUAAUAUGGAGGCUAAGAAAAUUGCAAAAUAUAAAGAGAUAUUAAAUGAACUACAAAUGUGCGACAUGCCAGAACUUACACAGAGCCCAAUAAAAACAAAUCGAGCUUCUAAUACAUCAAAAUAUUUGUCUCAUUUAAAACUUCCAAACAGGUAUAUAAAAAGACCUCAAACACUAACGGUUAGGUCUUGA